AUGUCUCUCACUAAUUUUGGUAUUGUUAUUCAAGAAGGUGAGACAGAAUUUGAAUAUAUAUAUGUUGAAGAAAGAGUUAGAAAGAAUAUCUUAGUAGCUCCAUCAAAAAAUAAUUUUACUCAAAAAUCAAUAGAUAGAGUAGAAUUAUCUGAAUUCAUUCUUAUUCUUACAAACGAACUCAAUUUGAAUUUAGAUUUAAUUCAAUUUGUUAAGAAUAAACAAAUCGAAUCAACUCAAUGUAAUAAAGAGUUAAUUCAACAAAUUGAAAUUAUAGAACAGAAUGAAAGCUCUAAUAAAUUUAGAAUCAUC